AUGUCGAACGUUGCGAAUGGUGCUGGCGCCCUGAGCUCCAGCGCAUCCAACGGCCUAGCCAGCAGAUUGCCGCACUCUAGAAACGGAUCCCAUUCGAUUAUCGGUGCGGCUCUCAACUCGGGCCACCGUGUCGGCCGUCGAAAGAGCAUGACAAGCCCGGGUGCCACGAACGUGGCCGCCAUGGCCGCCAUGAUCCAGGAAGCAGACGUCUUGCCGAACGGUGCCCUCGCCAUCAAUGCCCGCCGGAACACAUUGUCGAAGCCGGGAGCCAAUGCUGUCAGCAGCUCUUUGAGCGGCUUCUCUCGCGGAUCCUCCAUGGCAGCGGCGAUGGCCGCUGGAAACAAGGGACUCAUGGGAAGCCUCCCGCUACCGUCGCCUCCUGCGAGCCUACCCAGUCGCAAGUUCCUGACGGCCGACGGCAGCGCGAUCGACGAUGACGAGGUCGAUAUGUCCGAGGGCGAGAUCGACUCUGCUUCUUUGCUUCGGCGUACCAGUGAUGGCCAACCUUUGAAGGAGGGCCGCAGAAGCAGCCGCAUAGAGCUCCGCUGCGAGAAAUGUGGCAAGGGCUACAAGCACAGCAGCUGCUUAUCAAAGCAUCUUUGGGAGCACACCCCAGAAUGGGCUUUGACUUCAAAGCUCUUGAUCUCCAAGCACCAGCAGGUCCAACUACUCGAGGCCGCAUCCGUGCUUGUGACCAUGACCAACACCGCCGACGCCGACGACAACGCCGCCGUCACUCCUCCCGACUCGACCCGUGACUCUGCUAGCGAAGAGGACCCUGCGUCGCCAUCCGCGUCUGGAUUCUCCUAUCAACACGACGGUCGCAGCUCCGUCGACACCACGCCACCACCGGCACAGAUGGAGGGCGGUAUGAACAUUGACGGUGUUAAGAGGGAAUCGCUGUCCUCAUACCCGUCCCCGCAGCAGGCUCCAACUCUGAGCCACAUGAGUUUCUCGCAACGCUUUGAACAGCCGGGCGGUGUUGCCAACGUUGCUCGCUCGUACCAGUCUGGGCUGCCAGCUAGGAACGGGGACACCGGCCUCGGAUUCGGUCACCAACGCCAGGUCAGCCGGGACAACCUGCGUCCUCUUUCGUCGGGCAAGAAUGUGACCGGCCAGGAAGACAACGAACUGGCUGCUGCCGUUGAGCUCCUUAGCUGCAGCGUCAACAGCGGUGCGGCCAAUGCCAAUACUGUGACACCUGGAUCUAUGCAAGGCUCGGGACAGGUCGUUCCCCCAGUCCCCCCAGUCCCGGCACAGUAUCUCGGCCAAUCGGCGACGCCCCUCGGCGACACCAGCUUCAUCAAUAGCUUUCCCAGCCGUGCUCCCGAAAGCUUCACUCGUGGUGAUUAUCGUCGCUCAAGCAUCGUCGACGACGUGAAGAUGAAUGGGAGUGGCGACAGCGUCAUGGGUGACGAUGAAGAUACUCGGUCGCACGCUCGUAGCGACGACGACGAUGACGGCGUUUUUGGCAUGGAGGCGUGA